CAGUUUACGCCCAGGCUUCGGUAAAUAUUCCGUCAGAGACCCACCCAUUCGCUUUUUCCCUUCCCUCUCUACUUUUUUUUUUUUUUUCCACUUGGAGAAACCCUGCCCUGCCUUCUCCCCGGGGCUGCGCGACCCAGCCCCAGCGCCUCUGUCUUUGCAACUUCACUUGCUGAAACUUGCUUUCUGCCAGUUAAGAGCCAUGCUUCGAGUGAUCGUAGAAUCUGCCAGUAAUAUCCCUAAAACGAAAUUUGGGAAGCCGGAUCCUAUUGUUUCUGUUAUUUUUAAGGAUGAGAAAAAGAAAACAAAGAAAGUUGAUAAUGAGCUCAACCCAGUCUGGAAUGAGAUUUUGGAGUUCGACUUGAGGGGUAUACCACUGGACAUUUCCUCUUCCCUUGGGAUUGUUGUGAAAGAUUUUGAGACAAUUGGACAAAAUAAAUUAAUUGGCACUGCGACUGUACCCCUGAAAGACCUGAUUGGUGACCAGAGCAGAUCACUGCCCUACAAACUUACACCCCUGCUAAACGAAAAGGGGCAAGAGACUGGGGCCACCAUUGACUUGGUAAUUGGCUAUGAUCCACCUUCAGCUCCACAUCAAAAUGACCCAAGUGGGACCAGCAUGCCAGGCAUGGGAGGAGAAGAGGAAGACGAUGAAGGUGAUGAAGACAAAUUGGAUGGUACCAUCAGGGGCCCUGGGCCUAGGGUGCCCACUGGGACAGUAUCAGAAGCUCAGCUUGCUCGGAGGCUCACCAAAGGAAAGAAAAGUCGGCGGAUGCUGUCCAACAAGCCACAGGACUUCCAGAUCCGAGUCAGAGUGAUUGAGGGCCGACAGUUAUGUGGCAACAACAUAAGGCCUGUGGUCAAAGUUCACGUCUGUGGCCAGACACACCGAACAAGAAUCAAGAGAGGGAACAACCCAUUCUUUGAUGAGUUAUUUUUCUACAAUGUCCACAUGAACCCUUCAGAGUUGAUGGAUGAAAUCAUCAGCAUUCGGGUUUAUAAUUCUCAUUCUUUGCGGGCAGAUUGUCUAAUGGGGGAAUUUAAGAUUGAUGUUGGAUUCAUUUAUGAUGAACCUGGUCAUGCGGUCAUGAGAAAAUGGCUGCUUCUCAAUGAUCCAGAAGAUACCAGCUCAGGUGCCAAGGGUUACAUGAAAGUCACCAUGUUUGUCCUGGGAACCGGAGAUGAGCCUCCUCCUGAGAGACAAGAUCGUGAUAAUGACAGUGAUGACGUGGAGAGUAAUUUGUUACUCCCUGCCGGCAUCGCCCUCCGGUGGGUGACAUUCUUGUUGAAAAUCUACCGAGCUGAGGAUAUCCCCCAAAUGGAUGACGCCUUCUCACAGACAGUGAAGGAAAUAUUUGGAGGCAAUGCAGAUAAGAAAAAUCUAGUGGAUCCUUUUGUAGAAGUUUCCUUUGCUGGAAAAAAGGUUUGCACAAAUAUAAUUGAGAAAAAUGCAAAUCCUGAGUGGAAUCAAACCGUUAAUCUUCAGAUCAAGUUUCCUUCAGUGUGUGAAAAAAUAAAGCUAACCAUUUAUGACUGGGACCGUCUUACCAAAAAUGAUGUAGUUGGAACAACGUAUCUACACCUUUCUAAGAUUGCUGCCUCUGGUGGGGAAGUAGAAGAUUUCUCAUCUUCGGGAGCUGGGGCUACAUCAUACACAGCAAAUACAGGAGAAACAGAGGUGGGCUUUGUUCCAACAUUUGGACCUUGUUAUCUGAACCUUUAUGGAAGCCCCAGAGAAUACACGGGAUUCCCAGACCCUUAUGAUGAGCUAAAUACUGGAAAGGGGGAAGGGGUUGCCUACCGAGGCAGGAUCUUGGUUGAAUUAUGCACUUUUCUUGAAAAAACACCACCAGAUAAAAAGCUUGAGCCCAUUUCAAACGAUGACCUGCUGGUUGUUGAGAAAUAUCAGCGAAGGCGGAAGUACAGCCUCUCUGCUGUGUUCCAUUCAGCCACCAUGUUACAAGAUGUUGGCGAAGCCAUUCAGUUUGAAGUUAGCAUUGGGAACUAUGGCAACAAGUUUGACACAACCUGUAAGCCUUUGGCAUCAACAACCCAAUACAGCCGUGCCAUAUUUGAUGGGAACUUCUAUUAUUACUUGCCUUGGGCCCACACGAAGCCAGUUGUUACCCUGACUUCAUACUGGGAGGAUAUUAGUCACCGCCUGGAUGCAGUGAACACUCUCCUAGUCAUGGCAGAACGGCUGCAAUCAAACAUUGAGGCUUUGAAAUCAGGGAUACAAAGUAAAAUUCCUGCAAACCAGCUGGCCGAGCUGUGGUGGAAGCUGAUAGAUGAAAUUAUAGAAGACACAAGAUACACGUUGCCUCUCCUGGAAGGAAAAUCUAAUGUCACAAUUCUUGAUACUCAGAUCCAAAAGUUGCGGUCCGUAUCUCUCUCCCAGAUACAGGAGGCAGCUGUGAGGAUGAGGUCUGGAGACGUAGAUGUGAAGUCCGCGAUGGCCGAAGUUGAGGACUGGCUUGAUAAAUUAAUGCAGCUAACUGAAGAGCCACAAAACAGUAUGCCUGACAUUAUCAUCUGGAUGAUUCGGGGAGAGAAAAGACUGGCUUAUGCACGAAUUCCCGCCCAUCAGGUUUUAUAUUCCACCAGUGGAGAGAACGCAUGUGGGAAAUACUGUGGGAAAACCCAAACCAUCUUUCUGAAGUAUCCACAGGAAAAAAACAGUGGGCCCAAGGUGCCUGUGGAAUUGCGUGUUAACAUCUGGUUGGGCCUAAGUGCUGUGGAGAAGAAGUUCAAUAGCUUCGCAGAAGGAACAUUCACCGUCUUUGCUGAAAUGUAUGAAAAUCAAGCUCUCAUGUUUGGAAAAUGGGGCACUUCUGGAUUAGUGGGUCGUCAUAAGUUUUCUGAUGUCACAGGAAAAAUAAAGCUCAAGAGGGAAUUCUUCUUGCCUCCAAAAGGCUGGGAAUGGGAAGGAGACUGGAUAGUUGAUCCUGAAAGAAGCUUGCUGACUGAGGCUGACGCCGGUCACACAGAGUUCACCGAUGAAGUGUAUCAGAAUGAGAGUCGCUACCCCGGCGGAGAGUGGAAGCCGGCUGAGGACACCUACACGGACGCAAAUGGCGAUAAAGCAGCAUCACCCAGCGAGUUGACUUGCCCCCCAGGUUGGACAUGGGAAGAUGAUGCAUGGGUAUAUGACAUAAACCGAGCGGUGGAUGAGAAAGGCUGGGAGUAUGGAAUUACCAUUCCUCCUGAUAAUAAACCCAAAUCCUGGGUUGCAGCAGAGAAAAUGUAUCACACUCAGAGACGGCGAAGGUUGAUCCGAAAACGCAAGAAAGAUUUAACACAAAAUGCUUCAAGUACAGCAAGGGCCAUGGAAGAAUUUGAAGACCGAGAGGGCUGGGAAUAUGCUUCUUUAAUUGGCUGGAAAUUUCACUGGAAACAACGUAGUUCAGAUACCUUUCGCCGGAGACGCUGGAGGAGAAAAAUGGCUCCUUCAGAAACACAUGGGGCAGCUGCCAUCUUUAAACUCGAAGGUGCCCUUGGUGCAGACACUACUGAGGAUGGAGAUGAAAAGAGCACGGAAAAACAGAAGCACAGCGCCACCACUGUGUUCGGAGCAAACACUCCCAUUGUUUCCUGUAAUUUUGACAGAGUCUACCUUUACCAUCUGCGCUGCUAUAUCUAUCAAGCCAGAAACCUCAUGGCUUUAGACAAGGACAGCUUUUCAGAUCCUUAUGCCCAUGUCUCCUUCCUCCAUCGAAGCAAAACAACUGAGAUCAUCCACUCAACCUUGAAUCCCACAUGGGACCAAACAAUUAUAUUUGACGAAAUUGAAAUCUAUGGAGAACCCCAGACAGUCUUACGGAACCCACCCAAAGUCAUCAUCGAACUGUUUGACAAUGACCAAGUGGGCAAAGAUGAAUUUUUAGGACGAAGUAUUUUCUCUCCUCUGGUGAAACUAAACUCAGAAAUGGAUGUCACACCCAGACUUCUCUGGCACCAAGUAAUGAAUGGGGACAAGGCCUGCGGGGAUGUCCUGGUGACUGCCGAGCUGAUUCUGAGGGACAAGGAUGGCUCCAACCUUCCCAUUCUUCCCUCGCAAAGGGCACCACAUCUGUACAUGGUCCCCCAGGGGAUCAGGCCUGUGGUUCAGCUCACUGCUAUUGAGAUUCUAGCUUGGGGCUUAAGAAAUAUGAAAAACUACCAGAUGGCUUCUGUCACAUCCCCCAGUCUGGUUGUGGAGUGUGGAGGAGAAAGGGUAGAAUCAGUGGUGAUCAAAAACCUGAAGAAGACACCCAACUUUCCAAGUUCUGUUCUCUUCAUGAAAGUGUUCCUGCCCAAGGAGGAAUUGUACAUGCCCCCCCUGGUGAUCAAGGUCAUCGACCACAGGCAGUUUGGGCGGAAGCCUGUCGUUGGCCAGUGCACCAUCGACCACCUGGACCGCUUUCGAUGUGACCCUUACAUGACAAAGGAGGAUAUUGUGCCACAGCUAAAAGCCUCCCUGAUGUCUGCCCCACCUUGCCGGGAUGUCGUCAUUGAAGUAGAAGACACCAAACCAUUGCUGGCUUCUAAGCUGACAGAAAAGGAGGAAGAAAUCGUUGACUGGUGGAGUAAAUUUUAUGCUUCCACAGGAGAACAUGAAAAAUGUGGGCAAUAUAUUCAAAAAGGCUAUUCCAAACUCAAGGUAUAUGAUUGUGAACUAGAGGAUGUAACAGAAUUUGAGGGCCUGACAGACUUCUCAGAUACUUUCAAGCUGUACCGAGGCAAAUCAGAUGAGAAUGAUGACCCCUCUGUGGUAGGAGAGUUUAAGGGUUCCUUUAGAAUCUACCCGCUGUCGGAUGACCCCAGCGUGCCAGCCCCGCCCAGGCAGUUUCGGGAAUUACCUGACAGCGUCCCACAGGAAUGCACGGUUAGGAUUUACAUUGUUCGAGGCUUUGGGCUCCAGCCUCAGGACAACAAUGGCCUGUGUGACCCUUAUAUAAAAAUAACACUGGGCAAAAAAGUCAUUGAAGAUCGAGACCACUACAUUCCCAAUACUCUCAACCCAGUUUUUGGCAGAAUGUACGAACUGAGCUGCUACUUACCUCAAGAAAAGGACCUGAAAAUUUCUGUCUAUGAUUAUGACACUUUUACCCGUGAUGAAAAAGUGGGAGAGACAAUUAUUGAUCUGGAAAACCGAUUCCUUUCCCGGUUUGGAUCCCACUGCGGCAUACCUGAGCAGUAUUGUAUUUCUGGAGUAAAUACCUGGCGAGAUCAAUUGAAACCAACACAGUUGCUUCACAAUGUAGCCAGAUUCAAAGGCUUUCCACCACCCAUCCUUUCUGAAGAUGGGAGUAGAAUCAGAUAUGGAGGACGAGACUACAGUUUGGAUGAAUUUGAAGCCAACAAGAUUCUGCACCAACACCUUGGGGCCCCUGACGAGCGUCUUGCCCUUCACAUCCUCAGGACUCAGGGGCUGGUCCCUGAACAUGUGGAAACGAGGACUUUGCACAGCACCUUCCAGCCCAAUAUUUCCCAGGGAAGACUGCAGAUGUGGGUGGAUGUUUUCCCCAAGAGUUUGGGGCCACCAGGCCCUCCUUUCAACAUCACGCCCCGGAAAGCCAAGAAAUACUACCUGCGUGUGAUCGUCUGGAACACCAAGGAUGUUACCUUGGAUGAGAAAAGCAUCACAGGAGAGGAAAUGAGUGACAUCUAUGUCAAAGGCUGGAUUCCUGGCAAUGAAGAAAACAAACAGAAAACAGAUGUCCAUUACAGGUCCUUGGAUGGCGAAGGGAAUUUUAACUGGAGAUUCGUUUUCCCAUUUGACUACCUCCCAGCUGAACAACUCUGCAUUGUUGCUAAAAAAGAGCAUUUCUGGAGUAUCGACCAAACCGAAUUUCGGGUCCCACCCAGACUGAUCAUCCAGAUAUGGGAUAAUGACAAGUUUUCUCUCGAUGACUACUUGGGUUUCCUGGAGCUUGAUUUGCAUCGCACAAUCAUUCCAGCAAAAUCAUCAGAGAAAUGCCGUUUGGACAUGGUUCCAGACCUCAAAGCAAUGGACCCCCUUAAAGCUAAGACAGCCUCACUCUUUGAACAGAAGUCCAUGAGAGGAUGGUGGCCAUGCUAUGCAGAUAAAGAUGGCUCCCGCGUGAUGGCUGGGAAAGUGGAGAUGACGUUGGAAAUCCUCAACGAGAAGGAGGCCGACGAGAGGCCAGCUGGGAAGGGACGGGAUGAACCCAACAUGAACCCCAAGCUGGACCCACCAAACCGACCAGAAACCUCCUUCCUCUGGUUCACCAACCCAUGUAAGACCAUGAAGUUCAUCGUGUGGCGGCGAUUUAAGUGGCUCAUCAUCGGCCUGCUGGCCCUGCUGAUCCUGCUGCUCUUUGUGGCUGUGCUCCUGUACUCUUUACCGAACUAUUUGUCAAUGAAGAUUGUUAAACCAAACGUAUAAUGAAAGCAAAGGCUACUUUCAAGAGUCAUCCACCAAUGAGGAAAGUCUGCCUUCAUUUAUGGACCAAAAUCAAGUGUGAUUUUGUUUGUGUCUGAGACCACAGACAAAGGACACAUGACUUCACCGAGGCCGGUCAGUUCCCAAAGGGUCCAAGUCCCAGAAAGCCAGGCUGAUGAACAACAUUUCUAUCUUAUUAUCUUUUGAAGUAUUAAAAGCUUUAUUUUCUAAAGUUUUAACCGUAUUUUUCAGAACGUUUUCAAUGUGGCUGGUUCCAUUUAAAAAUCAUCUUUUUAUGUGUCGUUAGUUCUCUAAUUCAAUUUUUGGAAAUAACUGAAAUGGAAUUGAAAAUUUCUGCAUCUUGACUUCAUAUACUGCUCAUUUGUAAUCAACAAAAUGGACUAUGCCUUAUAAAAACAGAGUAGUGAGAGUAAUUCUUAUUUAUGCCUGCAACCACUGUUAUGAUAUUUUGUAUGGAUAAACUUCAUUUAACCUCUGGAGUGAACCCAAAUAAAAAUAUUCCACCUUUUA